AUGGCCAGCUUGCUCGAGCCCUUCGGAGUGGCGGCCCGCGGCCGCCGAGAGCUCCCGGGGCAGCCGCCCAUGAAGUUCGCAGUAAAGGACAAGGAUAAGCGCAAGGAGAAGGACGCUGGCAAGGGCAGCGAGCGCUUUUGCCCGAACUUCAACCGCGACUCCGGGUGCAACCACGGGGCGAACUGCCGCCAGAAGCACCGACGCCUCGCAGCGAGCGAUGGCAAGUGCUUCAAUGGCGGCUCCACGAAGCACCGGAACGAAGAGUGCUCGACUGAGGCAGCCGCAGCGCAGGCAGCGAGGGCAGAGGUCUCCGCCCACCUCCCCGGCCCGAUGGGGAUGGGUGCAGCGCCCGAGGGCUCGCUUGCCCAGGUCUCGGACGAGCUGGCGUUCUGGGAGGCGGGGCCCUCGGCUAAGACCAUCUCGAUCGCCAAGGCAGGCGCUCGGUCUGCGAAGCUGCUGCUCGCGGACACCGGGGCGACGCAUGAGCUUCGCGGAGUCCCUCAUCUGGCUGCGGUUCGAGGAGCCCGAGACCAACUUCGAACAGCGACGGGGAAAGUGGAGGCGCAGAUGCAGCAGGACAUCGUGUACGUGACCGGCGAGGACAUUCAACGCCCGUUCCCUCUCUCGUCCUACAUCGAGGAGAACGCCGAGAUCUUGCGGCAGGAGCGGCGAAAGAUGAUGCGCGCCCGCUUCCGAGCCGAGAUGGCGACGCUCGCGCGGGGCUUGCGCGCGAUGGCCACGGCGCGGCCUGCAGAGGCAGCGCCGCAUCCAGCGCUGAGGGAGCACGCGGAGAACGGACACGUGAAGUUCGACGAGAGCUGCGGGCUCUGCCGCGGCGCCUCCAGCAGAAUGAGGCCGCACUUCCGCCACGACGCGUCGACCCGCCCUGGCGGGCAGCUGUCCAGUAGAUCUGUCAGGGCCACAUCUGCCUGGCCGCUGGCCCUCAAGGCGGCCAGAGGACCAGGGGAAAAGAAGGCCAUUCACUUCCUCCUCGCCGCUUUCAGCGUCACCACCGACGACGAGCUGGCGCUGAAGAGGAGGCGCGAGGAGGGUGCCAGCGCCGGCGCGGAGCGGACGCCAGAAGGGCAGGCGGCAAGCGCUGGCGAGGAUGCUGAUGCUGUUGCUGCGGUGCCGGAGGUUCCCCCUCUCCUCUUGGAGAGCGCGCCGACGGCGCAUCCAGCACUGAGGGGGCUGAUGGCACGCGCCGCCGAGGCAUUCGGCGUCAGCGCGCGGCCGGCGGGUGUUGAGGCGCAGGGAGCGCCUGGCGAGGGCCAGCCCGUCGGCCCAGAUAUUCCUGGCGAGGCCUCGGGGGACAAUCCGGCUCCCCCGAUCUUGGUUGAGGGCUCCGGCCUUGAGGCCGAGGAUGAGGAUGGAAGUGCGGCGAGGCCCAAGAGUCGUACAUGGUACUGCGUGGUGCCGCUCGAGAGACGCAGGCACGGGGAGGGCAUCGCCGCGCUGAACACCGUCAUCGCGUCCAUCCGCAAGGAGUUCGAGGGGGCCGACGUGGUCUACAGAAUCCACGGGGACAGGGCGAGCGAGGUGACCAGCGAGAAGGUCCAGCACUAUUUCGACGAGCGCCACAUCGCUGUGACAUCGACUCCAGGCUACGAGCCGAAUGCGAACAAACGAGCUGAGAAAGGCGUGGGCCUCAUCUAG